AUCUAUAAUAACCCAUUGGUUAGAAAGAGAUCGCAACCUACCAUGCGGGGAUCUCGCUUGAACGGAAUCCGAUCGUCCAUCGAUGGUACCUACAUGAUAUGAUGAUUCCAUUCCUCGUUCUCGGAAGACUUUUAUCCUCUACCUCAUCAUCAUAGUCGGGAGACGAGACGACUGCAGGAUAUCCUCUAUGGUAAACUUACCGACUAAGAUGGCGGUCGUGCCCAACCCUCUGAAUGAUCUCGCGACGUUUGACAAAAACCUUCUCUUACCACUGGCUAAGCUAUUAUUCUUCGCUCCGGCGAUUUUGUUAAUUAUAUACGUUGCACUGAAUGAGGUAGUGAGGCUACGAGCUCGAAUACGAAACCUGCCGGGACCAUGGGGCUACCCCUUAUUCGGGAGCAUCUUAUCGCUGCGCGGAACGGCGACGUCAGACGAGUAUAGAAUAUGGGCUGAACGAUACGGCGAUGUCUUCCAGGUGCAGUUAGGAAACACCACAGCGGUAAUAGUCAAUAGUAUAGCAGCAGCUCGCGCGCUCUUCAUCACCCAGCGCGAAGCAACGAACUCGCGGCCCGUUUUCUACGUCUUGCACAAGAAAGUCCAGCAAGACAAGCCGAUAAUGAGUAUCGGAACAAGCCCUUGGAACGAAAGCUGCAAGAGACGGCGUAAAGUGGCCGCUACGGCUUUGAACAAGACCAGCACGGAGAGUUAUUAUCCAAUCUUGGAUCUAGAGUCGAGAGCGUUUAUUGCAGAUAUCCUAUCUAGUUGUGGUGGCGGCAAAGAAACCGUUCACGUUCUUGACCUAGCGCGUAAAUUCGCAUUGAACCUGAGUUUAACGUUAGCUUAUGGGACUCGUGUCGAGGAUGUCAAAGACUUGCACCAGGACCUCAUGAUCUCGGAGAUCCUCUAUAUCGAGGGAGAAAUCACCAAGUUCAGAAACCCUACCAGCAACUACUCUAACUACAUCCCGCUACUUCGGCCCAUAUACACCAUUGCUGGAUGGUUCGGACUACAGAAGGGCUCGCACAUGGCCGAUAUUGGAAAGCGACGGUAUGCUUACCACCGUGCGCUUCAGGAGAAGCUGAGAAAGGAUAUCGCCGCCGGCACCGACCGCCCCUGCAUCCAGGGCAAUGUUCUUAAAGACCCAGAAAGCAAAGGCCUUACAGAGAAUGAACUUCUUAGUGUCGGGUUGAGCAUGCUCGCGGGCGCUGAUACUACCAAGCGAUCGAUCAUGUGGGCUAUCGUAUUACUAGCGCACCGUCGAGAUAUCCAGGACAAAGCAUACCAGGCGAUAAAGGAAGCAGAUCCCCGGUUGCUUCAGUCGCCGAAUGUUGCGCAUACUAGGGUUCCGUAUAUAGAGGCUUUCACGAAGGAAGUCGGUCGUUAUUUCGUGGUUCAACGUCUCGCGCUCCCGAAAGCGACGUACUCGGAAGUCCAGUGGAACGGUGCGACGAUACCGCCCAAUACACUAGUAUUCCUGAACGCAUGGGCCUGUACAAGAGAUCCAUCCGCGUUCUCAGACCCGAACAUCUUUGCACCGGAGCGUUGGAUGAGUGGCGAACAGACAGCAAACCACCACCAGUUUGCCUUCGGCAUCGGAGGCCGCAUGUGUGUAGCAAGCCACGUUGCGACCAAGGCUCUCUACGCUGCCUUCUUCCACCUAAUAGCUCACUUCGAAGUCUUUCCGGCCGAAGACACAAGUAACCCUAUCGUUGCAGACCCCAUAGAGGGUCUACUGACCAGGGAAAACCCCAUCGCGGGUCCGAAGGCCAGGACUGUCCGUUUUGUGCCGCGAAAUGCCGAUGUCACUCGGGAGAUGAUCUUCUCGGGGGACUUUUGAGAUGCAUAUGUGUCUAAGAGGGGUGUACAUUUCAGAUAAUAUCAUGCUGUAUAUACGCUUGAGUAAACAUGGAUCUACUGUAUGAACGAAGGGGUGGUACAACAUAGUACAUUUUCACUAGGGGAAGCACUGUAAGGCAUCCAUAGCAGACAAUCAUGGCGUUAGCCACAUCAAACAGAACACCAAUAGGAGU